AGGCAGUUGCGUGAAUGGAAGAGUAAUGUCCAGUGUUUUAUUCCAGCUGUACACUGAGGUUCAGGCACGUAGGGGAGGAAGCGGCAUGGCCAUGGACAACCACCAAUAUGCCAAACAUGACCCGGGGAACCACAGCAACCCCAUUUUUAAGCCUGUCCAUCACAGCAACAAUCACCAUGGAGGUUUCCAUCCGCCGCAUCACCACGGCUACUCCACCGGCCAUCAGAACGGUGUUUCGGAGAUCGGAGACUUGCUGCAGGAUUACCUGGGCCAUGGGAAUCUUGCUAGUCGGAGGAACAACAGCGCCCGCCACGUGGUAAGAGGACGAUGGAUAUUUGAUGACGAGAGGGGUAUGUGGCACACUCACAAAAUACAUGUUUUCAUCUUUCAGCACUUCAGUGACACCAUCAAGGUGAGUCGGGAUGUCCCCUUACACCAGGACGACGGUAAAAGACGAGCAGGAAAUCAAAGGAUGGCCCAUGAGCAGUUUUUGGGCGGUUUUGAAGAGUUGGAAAAUCGAAAGAACCGAGUGUCCUACACCAAGAGUUGCUCCAACAAAGAGAACUCGGGUUCCAAGCCGCCUCUUGGCCAGAAGGACGCUCCUGUUGCACACUCGCGGUCCACCGCUCAGCCCCCGACUGCGGAAUCACCGGCCCUGGACAGGAAGUCGUACAGUCCAAGCAUCCUCAGCGACCGCAAGUGCGGAAGCCCCUUGGUUGUCAGGAAGUUUGAAGCCAUGCUGCAGGAGAACGAGGGCAAAACGCUCACUGACGCAGGAAUGGCGACACCAGAGGUGAAGUGUGCCACCCCAGGGUGCCAGCGAAGGGGGGGCGCUGGAAGGGCGCCCGUCCAGAAAUGCUAUGCGGAUUCCGAAGCACUGACGGCAGAGGUGGAACACAGCCAGCAGUGGGGGUUUAACCUGCGAAGAGGAUCCUACAGUGGUUCUAAAGGAUCCUACUCAAGCCCGCAGCAGUGCCAGUCCAGAUCACAGGUGCCGGGGAGCCUGAGGACCAGACCCAGAUCCAACAGCGCAACAGCGAGGAAGCCCGCAUCCCAUCAUGGGGAUCCUCAGAAGAUCCAGAGGGGCAGGUUAGGAAACCAUCCAGGCUGUGGCACAGAUGAGGGACUCAUUGAGCUGCUGGACAUGCUGGAGAUCCAACACGAGUACAGUUCUAGAGCUGGACACGCAGCCUACAAAACACAAUCGCAGGAGGUAAACCCACCUCAGUGGUCCGAAGAGCCCAAAAGGAGUUUCUCUCGUCCCGCUCGGCCGGCCAAUCAGCGUCCUCCUUCUAGAUGGGCCAGCCGCACACCCGCUGCUAGGAUUGUCGCCCCGUCGGGCCCGAUGUACCGUCCCCCAAGUCCUCUAGUGCGCUCUCCGAGCCCAAAGACCAGAACCCCGAGCCCCGCCCUCAAACACCGUCCAAUCAUUUCCUACUCGCUCCCGACAGAGACAGUCAUCAUGUGAUAGCCAUUCAUCUUCUUUCCAUCCAUGCCACAUUCUCUGUAAAUAGGAAGGACUGUGCCAUGAGGGCAGACGACAUUCUCCUUUCUUGCUGUGCUUCUUCACUUGGUCAACACAUUAGCUUUUUCUUUAGCCGCUGCUCCUCUUUAAUCCACGUCUUUUUUUAUGUGAACUUCUUUCAUGUCUAUUUAUAAACGAUGGGAUGUUGCAUCAUGGAGCCCCAGUUGUAGGGGCAGCAGCCUGCUACUACUACCUGCUAACCAAACAGCGUGAUUUAGUUUUAUGUUGUCAGUCAUAUAUUUCACAUGUUCACUCUGGUAUGACUUCAUGUAUUUUUUUCUUUCUUGGUAAUAAAUAUAACAGUGAUUUAAAGAAAAUAAAAGCCUCUUU